AUGGAAAUAGAUAAAGAAAAUGUGGUACAGGCAGUGGUCAUCAUGGACACGUUCAACAGCCACUUUAAUCCCAUUAUUAAUAACAAACCUAUGGGUUUACUGCCUGUAGCUGGAGUGUCUCUCAUUAACUACAUACUGGAGGCUUUAGCUCAAGGUGGGGUGGGUGAAACUAUCUUAUUUUGCUGUCAAGAUGGACAGAAGAUGAAAGACUAUGUUCGGCAAUGUACCAAAGAUAAGGCAAUAUGGAGCCUCACUAUGGAUGUCCAAGUAAAGAUGUCAGAUACUUGCCAGACUAUGGGUGAUGUCAUGAGAGAAAUAGAUGCUGCUGGCCUUAUCAGAGGAUACUUUGUGUUAGUUGGAGUCAAUACUGUUACCAACAUUAAUUUUGCUUCACUUUUAGAACAGCACAAACAAACAUGCAAAAAAGAUAAAGGUGCAGCAAUGACAUUGGUGUACAAGAAAGUGGCCUGGGAACAUCCUUUGAUAAGCUCGGAUAAACCCAUAUUUUUAGCAGCAGAUGCAAGUUCUAACAAAGUUUUAAUUCAUCAGAAGUAUAAACCUAAGUCAACAGAGAAAAAAAUUAAUUUACCUUUGGAAGUGGUGUUGAGUCAUUCUGAAGUAAAAUUACACCAUAACUUGGCUGAUGCAAACAUUGCAUUAUGUUCCCCAUCGGUACCUCCUCUUUUUUCUGACAAUUUUGAUUUUCAAACAAGAGAUGACUUCAUACAUGGCAUUUUAAUCAAUGAAGAAAUACUUGCUAGUUCCUUAUACUACAUAUUGUUGAAAGGAAGUCAAUAUGCGGCUGCUGUUACAAAUUGGAAAACAUAUCAAACUGUUUGUCGUGAUGUGUUACACAAUUGGGCCUACCCAUUAACUAUUGAGAGUGGAUCUUUUAGCCAAAACAAUUUCCUUUUCAUGGGCAACCACAAUUUCAGAGAAAAAUCUUGCACUCUAAGCAGAUCAAGUGCAUUAUUGGAAGAUGUAUUGGUUGGUGCAAAAACUCAUGUAAAUGAUAACACAGUGAUAUCAAAGUCCGUGAUUGGAAAGAAUUGUAUCAUAGGCAACAAUGUAACCAUCACAGGAAGUCAUAUUAUGAAUAAUGUAGUAAUUAAGGACAACUGUAAGAUUAUAAAUAGUUUUAUUGAUGACAAUUGUGAUAUAGAAAAUGAUUGUACUAUUGAUUCUGGUACUAUUAUUGCUUCGAAUGUCAAAGUCGAGACUGGAAGUCAGCUUAAAGGAAAUAUCCUAGAGAGUACCGAAAAAGAUCAAGAAAAAUUACUCUUUAAAUCAACCUCAGAAAGUACAGAGUGGGACAAUGAGUCUUCUGGAAGUGGCGGUGACGACUUUAUUGGGUUUGAGAAGAAUUGGAAUGAUAGUGACUCUUGCUACUCAUCAGACAGCAGUGCUGAGACUUCAAUACUUGAUUCUCCUGUACCUGAUGAUACUAAUAUAUUCUUGCAAGAAGUUAUUGACAGUUUAGCAAGAGGGUAUGAAGAGAAAUUGAAAUGUGAUUAUUUAAUAUUGGAAAUAAACUCAUCUAGAUAUGCUUACAAUAUCCAACUGCAUGAAGUAAACUUUUUUGUUGUGAGAGCACUUUUGAGCAUACCUGUUCUAUCUGAAAGUAAGAAUGUGCUCAGUACUGUGAGGAAUAUUUUGCAAUACUUUAGACCUGUUUUAGCUAACUACAUUAAAACUAAGUCUUCUAUAAUGGACUGUUUGAGAGCUGUUGAAGACAGCUGUAUCAAAUGUGAAUGGCUUGAGGGUCAGUCUGGUCUUAUACUCAAAUUACUUUAUGAUGCAGAUGUGGUUGAUGAGGAUGCCUUACUAGCGUGGUAUAAAGAUUUGCAAGAAAAUAAUAGUCUUAUUGUAAAUCAAAAAUCUCUUGUCAAAUUCUUUCAGUGGCUUGAAGAAGCUAGUGAAGAGAGUGAUGAAUCUGAUUGA